AUGACUUCCAACACCCAACUAUGUCAACUGUUAUCUUCGCUAACGCCCGGUGCUACGACGUCCUUUCAAGCUUUUGAAAUUGAAAAUGGUCCCAUAAACCCCUUUACCUCAAAACCAUUUUCUCAAAGAUACUAUGAUAUUCUCCAAAAACGACGUCAAUUGCCCGUGUUUGAGCAAAGAGAAAAUUUUUUACAAAUGGUGCAUUCGAAUCAGUUUAUUGUAGUUGUUGGCGAAACAGGAACGGGAAAGACUACACAAAUACCCCAAUAUCUUCUGUAUGACCUAUUACCACAUUUAUCUCAACGACUCAUAGCUUGCACUCAACCACGCCGCGUGGCUGCAACUUCAGUUGCGCAACGAGUGGCAGAGGAACUCGAUGUCAAACUUGGAGAGGAAGUAGGGUAUUCCAUUCGAUUUGAAGAUAUAACAACCCCACGGACGAUGUUAAAGUACAUGACCGAUGGAGUAUUGUUAAGGGAGGCAAUUGGAGACCCACGUUUGGAGAAAUAUCAGGCGAUUAUACUCGAUGAGGCACAUGAGCGAACUUUGGCUACCGAUAUUUUGAUGGGAAUCGUUAAAGAGGUUCGAAUCUUGGAAAUCGCAAGCGUCAGGAGUGAUCUGAAAGUCAUUAUAAUGAGUGCCACGCUGGAUGCUGAAAAGUUUCAAAAAUAUUUUAACAAUGCACCAGUAAUAAAAAUUUGCGGCAGAACAUACCCCGUGCAAAUAGUCUAUUCACGGGAACCGGCGAAAGACUAUGUACAAGAAGCGAUCAAGACCGUCACUCGUAUUCAUAAUAAUGAGCCACCCGGCGAUAUUCUUGUGUUUCUCACGGGGGAAAAAGAAAUAGAAGAUGCUUGUCGCAUCAUCCGGUCACGAAACUCCCCAGUCCCCUUGGCCGUAAUUCCACUGUACAGCACACUUCCUCCUCAUAUGCAACAGCUGGUCUUUGAUGAUCCUCCAGUUGGUAACAACGGUGUAUUGGGAAGAAAGUGUAUUGUAGCUACAAAUAUCGCCGAAUCAAGCAUCACUAUUGAUGGAGUUGUCUAUGUUGUUGAUACGGGAUUUGCAAAGCAGAAAGUAUAUAAUCCGAGGAUUAGGGUGGAGUCAUUGUUGGUCAGUCCAAUUAGUAAAGCGUCGGCUAAGCAGCGGGCCGGAAGAGCUGGAAGAACGCGACCUGGUAAAUGCUAUCGUUUGUAUACUGAAACUGCAUACGAGCAGCAACUCAAAGAACAACCGUAUCCUGAGAUUUUGCGUAGUAAUAUUGGUUCAGUUGUAUUGCAACUGAAAGCUAUUGGAUUUCAUGAUCUGCUUAGAUUUGACUUUAUGGAUCCUCCAGCUCCGGAGACCCUUAUGCGGGCGUUAGAAUCGUUAAACUAUCUUGGUGCAAUUGAUGAUGAUAUAAAUCUCACGCAUAUCGGCCAGUUAAUGUCUCAAUUUCCACUCUCACCCGAGCUGAGUAAAAUAGUUAUUGAAUCCGAUAGGCUCGGAUGUUCAGAUGAUAUUAUUAUCAUCGCUGCCUUAUUGAGCGCACCAAUAAUAUUCGUCAAGGAGGCGCCAUCUGCCAAUGCCCGCACCAGGAAACAGCGGUUUGUUCAUCCUGAUGGAGACCACUUGACAUUGUUGAACAUUUUCAGAGAGUAUACUAGACAAAAAUCACGAGAUGACUGGUGUCAAGAGAACAGCUUCAAUCCACGAUCAUUGAAAGCUGCCGAGAAUAUCAGAACACAACUUGCUGAAAUAUUGACACGCAAUGGCCUUAAACUCAAUAAACGUUCUAUACGAGAUCCACUGUAUUCUAUUAACAUAAGAAAGGCUUUAAUAUCAGGUUUCUUCAUGCAAGCUGCUCAUAGAGAAAGAGAAUCAAUAUUGUUGACAUGCCAAGACAAUCAGGCUGUUACCAUACAUCCAACAAGCGUCUUGAGAGAACCGUAUGAAUGGGUCAUCUACAAUGAAUUCGUACUUACAACCAAGAAUUUCAUUCGAACAGUAACAAAAGUUGAACUAUCAUGGUUAAAAGAAGCCGCUCCCCGGUAUUUCGAUCCACAGUUUUUCCCACAAAGCCGAGGUAGGAGAAAACUGGCGGCGCAAACUGCACGAAGACGAUAA